CGUCAAGAAAGGUUUAGUUUAGAAAGCAUAAGCGACCUUUCUCAAGCCAUUCCUGACCACAAAAAAUAGUGCGUGAUAAAAAUAAGGAGUUGGGUGUGUGGCACAUCCAUUUGCUUUUUUGGCCUUCUUCUUUUUCUCUUUCUUCAUUUCUACCGUCGUCUCUUCUUACUACAGUACCCACUCUUUUCCGCUCGUACGCACCGGUCCACAGUAAUAUAAGCCAUCAUGGGUAACGAUCAGCCUUACUAUCCUCCUCCGCAACAAGGACAACAAUACUAUCCUCCUCCACAAGGUGGUGACCCUGGCUACUAUCAACCUCAACCACCCCCGAACACGGUAUAUGUCCAACAACCAGAACAACGAGGUGGAGGUGACCAUGGCUGCUGCAUGGCAUGCUUAAUCGGCUGCCUAGCGUUUUGUGCUUUGGAUGCCUUGUGCGAUUGUCUCUGUUAGAAGUACCGAAAAAAAAAAAAUUAUGCUCCCCAACUAUCUCUCUUUUUCUCUACUGAAUACCACUACUACUUUCUUUUUUAAAAUACAAGAUAUCUUUCAUAUCCUCAUGUAUUGAUUUGCAAUAAAUACUUACUCCAUUUUCUUGGCAAAAA